AAAGCAGAUUGAGAAUGAGAGAGGGAGUGUCGAAGCCUACAUGGAAGGGAGUAAGGUUAGGUAACGUCUGACAUCGAAAAUUCCGUGUUUAACUUUCACAACAGGAAUGAAAUAAUGUCAGUUAUGGAACUGAGACAGCUUCCAUACAAAGUAUGGAGCUGCAAUCGAGAAACAAGGAAAGCGGUCGUGGCAACUUCCCUCUCGGACCUUAAAGCUAAAGGUGGGGAAAAGUUAGGCUACAACAACUCCUCCAAGCUAAGAGUGGUGCUAGAAAGUGAUGGAACAGAGGUUGAAGAUGAGAAUUACUUCAAAACAGUGGACAAGGACACGGUCUUCAUCCUCCUCCGUCCUGGUGAACGAUGGUUUCCUCCUAGCAUGGAAACAUUGCGAGCAGCCAUCACAGCCAUCCCUCAAAUUGUGUGUGAAGCUAUCAACAGCCUUGAGUUGGUGGAUAAGCAACCAUCGUGGAAAAUCAUGGACAAUAAAGGCCACAUUACAGUUGUUUUACACUGGGAUCAGCAAGACAUUCCCAAGCCACCAGGCCAGCAGCCGUCCAGCGAGCAGGAUCCCACGUGGAGGGUUGAACUGGUGACACAAGAAACGGAUCAAACUACUGCCAGCACUAAAGACCUCUCACCUCGGAGAGAAGCUCAUGCUAAACUCUUUGUAAAAGGCUUGGGACCCAGGCCUCCUCGUCAUAUGCUGCCAAAACAAAACGCAGAAAAACAAAAUGAAGUAAGUUCAGUUGUUGAUGAUUGGCUUUGAAGGUUCUCACUCUACCAUAAUUUAGAAUUACAAAAUCAAAACAUUGUUAACCAAAACUGCCAGAAGAAGUUUCUUCCAGAUCCUGUGUAUAUAAUAAGAAAGGAAAGGCCACGCUCAUUUUUUGACAAAGCUAAGGCUGAGUCAGACACAAAAAACACUGCUAAUGAGAAGGAGUAACUCUUUUAAAGUUUCUCUACCUUAAUCAACCAGCUGUCUUGCAAACAGAAUCACCUUUUUCGUGUAUGUAAUGUUAGGCUAAGCUCCUAACCAGAACGUGUGAAGAGGAAUCGGAACAAAUGGGCAAUCAAAGCAACAAUCUGCACAGAGUUACUCUGAAGACUGAAAUCAUCUUCAUUAUAUAAUGCUAUAGAAUAACAGAACACCUAGUGCAAUUUUACUUAAUGUUCUUCCUUAAAACCCUGAUUAUCUGGAUGAUAAUUGGAGUUCUCUGCAGUUUGAAGAUGGUGCUUUGUAAAUAUCCAUCUUGUUCACUCACUGAAAUAGGUUGUGUAAGGUACAACAACUGUAACUGUAGUGUCGUGAGUUAGGUAUAGUCAACGUAUUUAAUGUUUUGAUUUUAAAUUUUUUUUGGAUUCUUUUUUUUCUAAACGAUUGAACUAACAUUCAGUAUUACUUUUUAAACUAAAUAUGAGUAUAUUGGUUCAA